AAAAUGAAACGAUAGAAUAAUGAUUUGAAGACGCCAACAUGAAGACACGAAGAUUAAACACACAACACAAUAAGGGGAAAAGGGGAUUAGGGUUUUAGCAGCCGAUAAUGGAUUUCACAGCGGAGAAGAAGGAAUUGGAGAGCAACAACAACAACACUAACUCUGACACUGCUCAGCGAACCCUAGAUUCUUCUUCCGAAGUCGAGGAGCGCCAUGCUCGUGAUCUUAAAGCUGGUCUUCACCCUCUAAAGCACAAAUUUGUAUUUUGGUACACACGGCGAACACCAGGAGUUCGAAAUCAAACAUCAUAUGAGGAUAACAUUAAGAAGAUUGUUGAUUUCAGUACUGUUGAAGGAUUUUGGGUUUGCUAUUGCCAUCUUGCUCGACCUUCUUCUUUGCCUAGUCCAACAGAUUUGCAUCUUUUUAAGGAAGGAAUCCGACCCCUAUGGGAGGACUCUGCUAACUGCAAUGGUGGUAAAUGGAUUAUACGGUUCAAAAAAGCUGUUUCGGGUCGUUUUUGGGAGGACCUGGUUCUUGCCUUAGUAGGUGACCAAUUGGAUUAUGGAGAUCAGAUAUGUGGUGCAGUACUUAGCAUUCGUUUUAAUGAAGAUAUACUUAGCGUCUGGAAUCGCAACGCUUCUGACAAUCAGGCUGUAAUGGCUCUCAGAGAUUCCAUUAAGCGCCAUUUAAAGCUUCCUCAUGGCUAUAUUAUGGAGUACAAGCCCCAUGAUGCCUCCCUAAAGGACAAUUCAUCUUACAGGAACACUUGGUUGAGAGGCUAGCCGUACACAUUCUUUGUCAACAUUGUGAGACAGUUAACAUUGUUACUGAUUUACGUAGUUUCAUUAUAUUUAGUUCACUCAGCUUUGCAGUCAACAUGUUCAUGUCCACCCAGUGUUUAGUUGUAAAUAAUUUUUAUCUCUCUUAUCCUAUCCUUUUUGAAGGAGAAGCAUUUUCAUUCAGAUGAUAGAUUGAUUAACUCUUAACGCUUAAUAUGAAUAUUACAUUUUAUGCAA